AAUGAGAUUCUCGCUGUUCUCACUUUAUAGAUGAAGACACAGAGGCCCAGAGAGGUUAAGUGACUUGCUUGGGGUUAACCAGCUAGGAAGUGGACUGAGCUCUUUCUCCUAAACCUCAGCAGCUUCCUGAUCUGUCAUAGGCUGAAAGGGGAGGCUCUCAGUCUUAAUGACAAUUUGGUGGGAUGCAGCCAGACUUGGGAAGAGCAGGCCAAUGGUUUCUGAGUCCUGGUUGGCCCCUCCUCUGAGCCAGAUAACCUACGUGCUCUUUCAGAAAGCUUUCAGUUUUCCUGACGUGGCAGGACUGUACCUGCUGACCGACGGGAAGCCAGACACGAGCUGCAGCCUGAUUCUCAGUGAAGUCCAAAGGCUCCAGGAGAAGAGAGGCGUGAAAGUGCACACCAUUUCCCUGAACUGCUCAGACAGGACAGCGGUUAACUUCUUGAGAGAUCUGGCCUCCCUCACCGGGGGACGCUAUCACUGCCCUGUAGGUGAGGACUCGCUCUUCAAAAUGCAGGGCCUGCUGACCAGGGGCUUCAUCGACCAAACGGACCCUGUGUUGCCGCUCUUUGAAGGAGAUGAUUUAAGGAGAUUGGCUCAGGAGAUCACCAAGGCCAGAAGCUUCCUCUGGCAGGCCCAGUCCUUCAGGUCCCAACUCCAGAAGAAAAACAACACAGACCGAAGGUAGCUCCUUUUUAGAGAAGUGUUCUCAGUCACAAGACUGUCCCUCGCUGGAAGUCCUGCACCGAGCCCCCUGCUGGAACAUCCUUCUGCCACCCUCUGCCUGGUGUCUCCUUCUCAUCCACGAAGGCACAGUGCAAGUGGCAUCAGCUCCACUGUGAAGAUGCCCUGGCACCCAUCAAGAGCUGGGAGCCUCCAGCCUUCCCCACAUAGCACCCUGACCACACAUCGCUGCUGUGACCCUUACUACACGUAGCACUCCACGUCAUGCUUCCGUGCUCCCUUGUCUCUUCUCCUUGACCGCGAGCUCCCUCAGAGUGGGGCUGGUGUCCUAAUCUCUGGGGGCCCAGAACCUGCCACGCGGCAGACACUUAGUAAACAGUGAGCCUGCAGCUCAGUUGUGAGAGUCCAGCUCUGGAGACUAGUCAGGUGGGAUCGUUUCUGCCCCAGUCCUCUUGCUCUGUGCUUCCCCACCACCGUGGUCCAUGGGUAUGAUGCAGACUCACCGUCAGCCCGUCUUGGAGGAAGAAGAAACAAGUGAAUCGCACCACCAUCCACCGCCCCCAUGCAACCAAACUGAACUGAUGUCUGCUCUGGAGCCCAGUGCAGAGCGAAUGCUGAGCCCAAGCGUGUGAAAAUCAGGCUGGAUCUGCUGGGCCAGCCCCACUGUGUACCUAUGAAAUGAAUGUGUCAUGUAUUAUGUCAGCUGGGGUCAUUUCUUUUCUUUCUUUCUUUCUUUUUUAAAUUUUAUUUAUUGGCUGUGUUGGGUCUUCAUUGCUGCAUGGGCUUUCAGUAGUUGCAGAGAGCGGAGGGCUACUCUUCAUUGCAGUGUACAGGCUUCUUAUUGUGGUGGCUUCUCUUGUUGCGGAGCACGGGCUCUAGGUGCAGGGGCUUAGUUGCUCCGCAGCAUGUAGGGUCUUCCCAGGCCAGGGAUCAAACCCGUGUCCCCUGGAUUGGCAGGCAGAUUCUUAACUGUUGCACCACCAGGAAAGUCCUGGGAUCA